CGAAUAUAAAAUUUUCCAAGAAUUUACUUUUGCUUUUCAUGGUUCUUUCUAUAACAUAAAAAUAAGUAUGUCUAAGAAGUGCUGAAGAAGAUAGUCAUUAAUCCUAAUAAUGGAGGAUAGCUGGACUAUGUUUUGCGGUGACGAUCAGUCUGGUUCACCAUUUGAGUUUCUGAAACCUUCUUCGUCUUGCACCCACCACGCCCUAAGUAUCUUCUUUGAUGUUGUUCUUCUGGGCACGCUCUUGUUCACCAUGAUUCGAAAGCUGUCCUCAAAACUUGGUCAAGUUCCAGCUAGGAUACAAGGCUUGUCGACUCUGCAGAUAGUUUCUGCUAUUAUUAAUGGCUGUCUUGGACUGUCUUUUUUGUUCCUUGGUAUAUGGAAUUUAGUAGACAAACUGAGGGUAUCCCAUUCUCCACUGCCUAUGAAUUUGUGGUUUCCACCAUUAUUUCAAGGCUUCACUUGGUUGCUGGUGGGCUUGACUUUGAGUAUCAAAGUAAAACAACUCCCAAUAGCAUUGGUUCGGUUGUUGACCAUUCUUGCCACCUUGUUUACUGGAUUAGCUUGUGCUUUGUCUUUGUACGCUGCUAUUUUGAACAAACAAGUAACGCUUGAGAUAGCUUUAGAUGUUUUAUCUCUUCCAGGACCUGUUCUUCUGUUACUCUUAUGUACUCAUGAGAGUUGUAGAAGUGAAGAGAGAGAUGAGGACGUUAAAGGCCUUUAUAGACCUUUGAAUGGUAACGAUAAAGAUGAUGUUCAUGACUCAGUUACCCCAUUUUACAAAGCAGGAUGGUUCAGCAAGUUCUCGUUUUGGUGGCUAAACUCGUUGAUGAAGAAGGGUAGGGAGGAAACUCUCAAGGAAGAAGAUAUACCAAGGCUGAGGAAAGUUGAUAGAGCAGAGAGUUGUUAUCUGAUGUUCUUGGAGCAAUUAGACAAACAGAAGAAGAAAGAUGGUUUUUCUUCUCAGCCAUCAGUAUUGAAGAUAAUCAUUUUUUGCCACUGGAAAGAGAUUUUGGUAUCUGGGUUCUUCGCUUUGCUAAAGGUUUUAAGUCUGUCUGUUGGUCCUUUGCUUCUGAACGCUUUUAUUUUGGUGGCAGAAGGAAAGCAGAGUUUCAAAUACGAAGGGUAUGUGUUGGUGAUAACCCUUUUCAUUGCAAAGAAUAUUGAAUCUAUAUCACAAAGACAGUGGUACUUCAGAAGCAGACUAAUUGGUGUGCAAGUUAAGUCUUUGCUCACCGCAGCAAUUUACAAUAAGCUGUUGAGAUUAUCCAACUCUGCUAGGAUAGUUCAUUCUAGUGGUGAGAUUAUGAAUUAUGUUACUGUUGAUGCCUAUAGGAUUGGAGAAUUUCCGUUCUGGUUUCAUCAGAUUUGGACAACUACCCUCCAAAUAUGUAUUGCCUUAGUAAUACUUGCCCAAGCAAUUGGACUGGCCACAAUAGCAGCCUUGGUUGCCAUAAUUUUUACUGUGAUGUGCAAUGCUCCACUUUCUAAGUUACAGAAUAAGUUUCAGACAAAACUUAUGAUGGCUCAAGAUGAAAGGCUAAAGGCUCUUAGUGAGGCUCUUGUGAACAUGAAGGUGUUGAAGCUAUAUGCAUGGGAAACUCAUUUAAAAAAUGUGGUAGAGAGGUUGAGGAAAGUGGAGGUGAAAUGGCUAUCUGCAGUGCAGUUUCAAAAGGCGUAUAAUUCCCUUCUCUUCUGGUCAUCUCCUAUUUUGAUCUCUGCUGCUUCAUUUGGAGCAUGUUAUUUUCUAAAUGUUCCUCUUCACGCCAACAAUGUCUUUACUUUCGUAGCAACUCUACGUCUUGUUCAAGAGCCUGUUAGAUUGUUACCCGACGUUGUUAGUGUGGUGAUUCAAGCAAAGGUUUCAUUUACGCGAAUUCUAAAUUUCCUUGGGGCACCAGAGCUGCAGAUGGCAAGAAUCAGGAAUAACUCUACCCUGGGGAAGGUGAACAAUGCCAUUGUUAUUGAAUCAGCUGACUUUUCAUGGAAAGAUAAUUUAUCAAAGCCGACUCUGAGAAACAUCAACUUAUUGGUUAGUCCUGGCCAAAAGAUGGCUAUAUGUGGAGAAGUUGGAACAGGGAAAUCAACACUUUUGGCAGCAAUUCUAGGUGAAGUUCCAAAUGUUCGGGGAAAUAUUCAAGUUUAUGGAAAGAUAGCCUAUGUUUCUCAGACGGCGUGGAUACAGACAGGCACAAUACAAGAAAAUAUUUUAUUUGGCUCCCCUAUGGAGGGUAAAAGGUACAGAGAAACUCUUGAAAGAUGUUCACUAGUGAAGGACUUGGAAUUGCUUCCUUAUGGUGACCUGACUGAAAUUGGCGAGAGAGGAGUAAAUUUGAGUGGUGGUCAAAAACAACGAAUCCAACUUGCUCGUGCCCUUUAUCAAAACGCAGAUGUCUAUCUUUUGGAUGAUCCAUUCAGUGCUGUUGAUGCACAUACUGCUACAAGCUUGUUUAAUGAAUACGUUAUGGAAGCACUUUCAGAAAGAACAGUAUUGCUUGUAACCCAUCAAGUUGAUUUCUUGCCUGCUUUUGAUUCAGUUUUGUUAAUGUAUGAUGGAGAAAUCUUAGAGUCAGCUCCUUACCAUCAGUUACUGUCCAUAAGCCAAGAGUUUCAAGAUCUUGUAAACGCUCACAAAGAGACUGCUGGUACUGAAAGGCCUGCACACAUAAAUCCUGCAGAGAAACAAGGAAUAUAUAGUAAUGAGAUUAAGAAGUCUUAUACAGAUAUGGAAUUUAAAGCAUCUAAAGGAGAUCAGUUAAUUAAGCUAGAAGAAAGAGAAGUAGGGAACAGAGGACUUAAGCCUUACAAGCAAUACCUGAAUCAGAACAAAGGGUACUUGUACUUCUCCAUCAGCUUUCUCGGUCACUUCGUAUUUUGCAUUACUCUGAUCUGGCAAAACUCAUGGAUGGCUGCCAAUGUUGAUAAUCCUAGUGUCAGCACAUUGUGGUUGAUCUCGGUGUACUUAUUAAUAGGAAUUGGCUCCAUACUGAUUCUAGUUUUCAGAUCCCAUUAUGUAGCUUUGUUAGGCAUUAAUGCCUCAAAGUCUCUUUUUUCACAACUAUUAAAUUCCCUGUUCCGAUCACCCAUGUCCUUUUACGACUCCACACCUCUGGGAAGGAUACUUAGCCGGGUUUCAUCUGAUCUAAGCUUAGUGGAUCUGGAUGUCCCAUUCACCUUGUGUGUUGCUGUUGGAACAUGUAUAAAUGUCGCCACAAAUCUUGGAGUACUAGCUGUUAUCACUUGGCAAGUCUUAAUUGUCUCAAUCCCAACAGUCUAUCUGGCUUACUUGCUACAGAGAUACUACUUUGCCACUGCUAAUGAACUAAUGCGGCUCAACGGUACAACUAAGUCCAAGUUAGCAAACCACCUUGCCGAGUCUAUGGCAGGAGCCAUAACAAUUAGAGCCUUUGAAGAGGAGGAACGCUUCUUCGCCAAGAACCUAAAACUCAUUGACAUAAACGCUAGCCCAUAUUUUCAUAGUUUUGCAGCAAAUGAAUGGUUAAUCCAACGGUUGGAGACACUCAGUGCAACCAUUCUUGCUUCAGCAUCAUUGUUCAUGGUCCUUCUCCCCCCUGACACGUUUAGCUCAGGGUUUAUUGGGAUGGCACUUUCUUAUGGCCUCUCAAUGAACAUGGCACUCGUAGUUUGUGUUCAGAACCAAUGCACUAUUGCCAAUUACAUUGUUUCAGUAGAAAGGCUAAACCAGUACAUGUUCAUACCGAGUGAAGCCCCUGAAGUGAUCGACGAAAAUCGUCCCCCAACUAACUGGCCCGAUGUGGGGAAAGUAGAGAUACAUGAGUUACAGAUCAGAUAUAGAGCCAAUACCCCACUUGUUCUUCGUGGGAUAAGUUGUACAUUUGAAGGAGGACACAAGAUUGGCAUAGUUGGUCGAACUGGUAGUGGAAAGACUACUUUGAUCGGAGCCUUAUUUCGGUUGGUGGAGCCAACUGGGGGAAAGAUUAUAGUUGAUGGGAUUGACAUCACCACAAUUGGACUUCAUGAUCUGAGGUCACGAUUUGGUGUAAUACCUCAAGAUCCUACACUCUUCAAUGGAACUGUUAGAUUCAAUUUGGAUCCAUUAUCUCGACAUUCUGACAGCGAAAUAUGGGAGGUUCUUGGAAAGUGUCAACUUAAAGAAGCUGUUCAAGAGAAGGAAGGAGGUUUGGACUCAUUAGUUCUGGAUGAUGGAUCAAACUGGAGCAUGGGACAAAGACAAUUGUUCUGUUUGGGGCGAGCUCUACUGAGGAGAAGUCGAAUAUUGGUGCUAGAUGAAGCCACUGCAUCCAUAGACAAUGCCACCGAUUCGAUUCUGCAAAAAACUAUUAGAAUUGAAUUCGCAGAUUGCACUGUAAUCACUGUAGCUCACCGAAUCCCAACUGUUAUGGAUUGCACCAUGGUUCUUGCCAUGAGCGAUGGACAAAUAGUAGAGUAUGAUGAGCCAAUGAAGUUGAUGAAGAAAGAAGGAUCACUUUUUGGAAAGCUGGUGAAUGAAUACUGGUCUCAUUUGCAGUCAGCUGAAUCACAUUGAUAAUUCGUUAUUAUUUUUGAUGUCCAUCGAAGACUCAACGAUAUCUUGAGCAUAUGAUGAUUACUGAUAGUCGUUUAGUUAUAAUGAAUAAUUCUUUUUUAUUUCUA